AAUUUGACCUGUAACCUAUUUAACUGCAUUUAUGUUUUUCGUUAACCAUAAAAUAUUCCAAUAUGUAACGUAAUCUACUUAUUGCACGCGCAUUUAUUCUCUCAAUGUAACGUAAUCUUUUCUUGGUCAGCAGUUGUUUAAAAGAUGCAUGUAUUAAAAUAUUCCAAUGUGCAACGUGACCUGUUACUUUGUUGCGAUAUACGUAUCUAAUUUUUCUAAAAUUUUGUUUAAAUACUGGAUGUAAUUCAGCUCAAAAUCAAACAGUUCAUCGUAUCUGAAGACUGCUAAGUUACAGCAACAACCAUGUCGACAAUUCCUUCUACAAUCGUCGUUUGCACUGGUCGUAAUGCAACAAUUAUUUCAAUAUGGUGUAAGGAAUAUGGGAAUAAAGGAGGAUAAAAUAUUUAUCGAAUUAAGUUAUACUCCAAACGCACAACGUUUAAAACAUAAAUUUGGACAACUAUCUGUGCGAUAUAUGAGGGUAAAAAUUAACAAUUCGGGAGAUUUUAAAAUUUUGGAGUCUGUGCUAAAGCGUUGCAAGUACAACUUACUCGAUGAAGAUGUUGAUGGUCUUCGAAAAAUAGAAUCGGCUCCAUCGAAAAGAAAAUUGAUUAAACCAUCACCACCACCACCAGAAGCAGCAACAGCGCCAUCAGCAGCAACACACCGAAACUAUUCAUCCUUCAGUUUUGAGGAAGCUGAAGAAAUUAAUUUAAUAGGGGACGAGGAAAAUAAUGUUGAUGUUAGUAUUAGUAGUAGUAAAAGACAAAGAAAGAAUGUACAUGUUCGCCGAAACGAUGUCUUGAUCAGCUGCUUGCGAACACUGGAUUUCAUCGUCGCUGUUGUUGUCGCUAUGGGUGGUGACACCGUUGGAGAUGUAUCCAUUUGGACCGCCUGGGUUACAGGUCCUGUCUGGGGUGUAGGCUCCGCUUGGGGCGCUAAUGGUGUCACCUCCUCCACCAAUGGGGCCGCAUGUUGUUCAGGUGGCGCCAGCCAAGGAAUGACAAUAAAGGGAAAGAACAAAAACCGUUAA